GAGAGAGCAGUACCGAGCGAGUCCUCCGGUGAUCUUAGAGCGCUGCGUCUCUCCUUAACAAUCAAAAACUGAGAUUUGCUGAAAGAAAGAGAUUUUCCAGUGGACUCAUCCACACAUCUCACUCGCUUCUGCUGAGGAGGAAAGAGACGCGCGUUGAAUGAACGCAGACCGUCUGCACGCGAAUGACAUUGUCAGCAGCGCUUCGCGAGAUUUCAGAGUCCGGUGUGAAGAAGAUGAAUUGAUGGUGUGUUUUCUGAGUGACAGAGGCGCAGAUGGGCUUCAGCAUGACUUGCCUCUGGAUUUUAACUUUGGCCAUCAGUGUUCACAGAGUGUUCAGCGGCCCGCGGUUUUCUCAGGAGCCGGCGGAUCAGUCUGUGGUGGUCGGGGAGAGAGUGGUUCUCUCCUGCGUGGUGUUUAACUACACCGGCAUUGUACAGUGGACAAAAGACGGGCUCGCUCUUGGCAUCGGAGAAGAUCUGAGGGCAUGGCCGCGGUACCGUGUUUUACGCAUCCUGGAUGUUGGGCAGUAUAAUCUGGAGAUCACGUCAGCAGACCUGACCGAUGACUCGCUGUACGAGUGUCAGGCCACUGAAGCCGCUCUGAGGUCCAGAAGAGCUAAACUCACUGUUCUGAUCCCCCCUGAAGGUCCUGUUAUCGAGGGCUCUCCAGAGAUCCUGCUGACGGCAGGAAGCUCAUAUAACCUCACCUGUGUGUCUCGAGGAGCAAAGCCACUGUCAACGAUAGAAUGGUUCAAAGAUGGGAUCAUAGUGGAGGGAGCCCAUACCAGCACUGAGGUGUUAUCUGACAGGAAGAGGGUGACCACAAAGAGUUAUCUGGAGAUCCAGCCAGUGGACACAGACACAGGACGAAAUUUCACCUGUGUGGCCUCAAAUCUUGCCGCCCCCCUGGGGAAGAGAGCCACUAUCACUCUCAAUGUCCACCAUCCUCCUACAGUCAUUCUGUCAAUAGAGCCUCGAUCGGUUCUAGAAGGAGAGCGAGUUACAUUUACCUGCCAGGCCACUGCCAACCCUCCCAUUAUGGGCUAUAGGUGGGCUAAAGGGGGCGUGAUUUUGGACGGAGCAAGAGAAAGUGUGUUUGAGACGACAGCUGAUCACUCGUUCUUCACCGAGCCCGUGUCCUGCCUGGUCUUUAAUGCAGUGGGCAGCACUAACGUCAGUAUAUUGGUGGACGUUCACUUUGGUCCAAUUUUGGUGGUGGAGCCAAGGCCUAUAACAGUGGACGUCGACUCUGAUGUCUCACUCAACUGUAAAUGGUCAGGAAAUCCCCCUCUAACCCUCACAUGGACCAAGAAGGGCUCCAGUAUGGUUCUCAGCAAUAGUAAUCAGUUAUUUCUGAAGUCUGUGAGUCAAACAGAUGCAGGACAGUAUGUGUGUAAAGCCAUCGUCCCCAGAAUCGGCGUCGGCGAGACAGAGGUCACUCUUACAGUCAAUGGUCCUCCAAUCAUCUCGAGUGAGCCAGUCCAGUAUGCCGUAAGAGGAGAGAAGGGGGAAAUAAAGUGCUACAUAGCAAGCACCCCUCCGCCGGACAAAAUCGUUUGGGCCUGGAAGGAGAAUGUGUGGGAAAAAGAGAGAGGGACGCUGUUGGAGAGGUACACAGUGGAGCAGAGCAGACCUGCAUCACAAGGGGGCGCCGUUCUGUCCACGCUCACCAUCAAUAAUGUCAUGGAGUCCGACUUUCAGUCCACUUACAACUGCACGGCAUGGAACGCCUUUGGACCAGGAACCAUGAUCAUCACCUUGGAGGAGACAGAUAUAGUGCCUGUAGGUGUGAUAGCAGGUGGAUCUGUUGGAUCUUCCAUUUUGCUUCUGCUCCUCCUGUUUGCUCUGAUAUUCUAUCUGUAUCGACAACGCAAAGGCAGUCGUCGUGGAGUCACGCUGAAGCCAGACAUUAAGGUGGAAACGGUCAACAAGGAGACGCACAGUCUUGAGGAAGAGGCCGCCAGCGCUUCCACAGCCACUCGAAUGGUAAAGGCUAUGUAUUCUUUUCUUCCCUCUGUCUCCCUCUCUCCCUCCACCCAGCCCUUCAAAGAUGACAUGGACCUGAAGCAAGACCUCCAGAGUGACACGCAGGAAGCCAAGGUGGAGGAGUAUGAACCCAAGGAUCCCACUAAUGGCUAUUACAAUGUUCGAGCCACAACACAUGAUGAGGUCCGUUCCUCUACCCGUUCCCUGCUGUACCAGGAAUUCCGGCCACCGAAUCCUGCUUCAGUUUCGGCAGCAGCCGCCGGCCCAGUGGCCAACAUUCACCCCGCGCCCCCUGGCCGUUACGAGCCCCGCCCUGCUUCCCGAAUGGCUCACAACACAUACGUCCAUUUUAACACCAUCGCCAGGGCGUCACAAAUCCAAGCCCCGCCCAACUUAGUCUCCAAGACCACAGACUAUUCUGGAGACCGUGGCCUGCUGGAAUCAACCAAUCCGCUGGCUUUUGACAGCUACGCUUAUUCUACGACACCUCAAUACAGGUUAGGCUUUGCUCCGCCUUUGGAGGGAGGACCAGCCUAUGAAAUGUAUCCUACGGGACCGGGGGCAGGGACAAGCCAAGACGCUAACAUGGGAAAAUACCCCAGCUCCGCCCAAUUUCCACAUUCAACCCCGCCCACAGAAUACUCUCAGAGACACACGCAAAGAAUGCAGACUCAUGUGUGAAACAAACACGCUUUUCCCUACAAAAAAACACUUCCUUUGACGCAAAUACAUGGUACACACUUUAAUUUUUACGCAGUAUUACAGUCCAAAACCCUCUCUCCAGUAUAACUAUAUGCAAACACACACACACACACACUGCGUUUUCUACCUUUACAACAACAUGAUGGAGAGAAAAAAGUGCCAAAAUGACUGCAGUAUAAGAGGAACACACAAGAGAUCACAGUAUUGAGCGGAGAGAAAGCAACUAUAUCAUCUUUCCCCCUUCUUUCCAAAAUUUCUUUGAACAAGAGGGGUUAAUGUGGCAAAACCAAACCUCUAAAAUCUCAGACACUGCGAAGCAGCUACUGGACGUUUUUUUCCAUGUGAAUUAGUUGAAGGCUGUUUUUUUUUUUUUAAAAAAGAAUAGCCAAUAAAAGGCUGGAGGGCCCCAGAAGCCAUCAACUAUUGGGUGUAAAGCCCAGUGAAAGCCUGAUCGCUAUGCAUUGUAGUUGACACUAGACCCGUUUUGAUCUGUCCCAUCACUCAACUUAAUAAAAUAUGAUGUGAAAUAAAUUAUGGGAUUGACUGAUUGUAAAAUCCACAAUGUGAUAUCGCAGAACAAGUCACUCAGUUAAAGAAUUCCGCAGGUGUCGACAAUCGCUUGUGUAAAAACUCACCACUGCUCACACUGCCCGAGCUCCUCGUAGGAAUAGCUGUCCGCUGCCAGUUUGAACUCUUCUGAUUGGACGGAGACGUGAGUAUCUGGGUAAACGCCACCAGUGCUUUUAACUCUGAAAGCUGGAGUUUAUGUAACAUUUUAGGAUUUUUUAAACAAAUGGAUGCUACUCACAGAGUGUCAAAGUGAGCUUACAGACUCUUCUCUGAACACACGCUCUGCCUCCUUCCAAGAAAACCUCACGAGUGUUUGACGCUUUGUGUUUCUAUGUGUGUGAGAGAGAGUGUUUGCUCGUGUGAUGAGAAGGAAAAACUGAAUGUGAUGAAUCUCUUUCUAAGAAGUGUCUGUGUAUUUGUCCUUCACACUUUCAAAGUAGAGUAGAGUGCUUUUUCAUAUUUGUAUCUGAACUAAAUUGCAUUUGAAAGCGCUUUUAUAGUAUUUUUUAAGGUGGUGGCAAGGGGUCAGAGCAAUGUAAAGGAGAAAAUUGUUUAGAAAUAAUUAUGAUCAUGAUUUGUAUAUUUGUCUAAAUUCUGGAAAGGGAUGUUGAAUCAGAUCAUCAGAGCAAAGUUGAAAUACUAAAAUUAAAAGAAAUUUUGUCAUUCAAAUCCUGAGUUUCUGUAAAAUCUC